ACUUUUGAACGAAAGUAGUGUUAUGUGUGACCGUAAUGGGCUCUGCCGAGCUUCGUUCGGUUUAGAGCCCGUAUUAAACGCAUACAGCUGAUAAGGAAGAGAAAUUAAAAUUUGUAUCCACUAGGUUCAAAGUGUUGACGCCAUCUUUUUCAGACGGGUUUAGUGUAGAAGGAAUAUAUUCUAAACAAUAAUUCAUUAACUGUUAAACACUUUUUAAUAGUUGGAGCAUUUGAGGUGAACUUACCGCUAGUUUAAGUACUGUGAUUUAGAAGGUGCAAUGCAGUGUCAUUCUAACUUUACUAUUUAAGGAGCAAGGACGUUUAAAAUGCAUACUCAAGGUUUGCGAAAAUGAGAAUCUCACAACCGAUAUCUUGCACAUGGUUAGGAUUAUGGAAGUUGCUGGAAGUGCACAGAGCACGAGAUCGGCUGAGCGCACCAAGAGAUGUAUCCGUAUCACAGCAUGGGCCACACGAAUUCUAGCUCUCCUCAGCAUCGUGUUUUGUAUCGUGGCGUUUAAGUCGACAAAUGGAUAUGUGUUUGGAGUCUUCUUGAUUGUCAUAUCCAUCCUUAGUGUUAUGAGCCCGUUAAACUUCUACUGUGGCUGCAAUUCGGAUUGUUCAAGAUACACAAACGCUGCAAAAGCAAUCGGACAUUGGGGUGUCUAUUUGUGGAUGUUCAUGAGCAACAUGGGAUACGGCAUGAUGUUUGGGUACAGCUGGUACUAUUGGAUGGCAACUAGCCACUACUAUAAAGCUGCCCAGUUACUGGACACAUUAUUUGCAAUGUCCCUGAUCAUCACUUUCUUCCUAUCGAUAUUCAACCUUUACUCGUUUUGCCUUGUCUACAAGUACGGCUGUUGCUUCAUGAAUGAAAUCGAUAAGGACAACUCUCAGCAAGGGGUUGAAACAGCUGUCGUGAUGAAUCAACAGAUAUCCACGAUCGGAAGCGGUAUUCCGGUUAACGGUGUACAGUUUACAAAUGCUGCAAUGGGUGCUCAGCAACCGUUUACCAGCCCUGGGAUACAGUACCCUCAAUACCAGCCAUAUCCUGCCGGACCUUUUUACAUGGCUGCACCUUUCCCACAAGCUGUUGGUGUAACAACUGACUCAGUUGGCGUAUCUUUUCCACAAACAAUGGCGGACGCAGGUGGCCCUCCACCAUACGCUGAAGCUGAUCCGAAUGAGAAACAACCACAGUGAUCGAAUUACAAUGCUCGUUUCCUGCCAAAUGUUAAAAGUAACAUGAUACAAUAACAAUGAUAUAACAAAAAAUACCAAUAAUUGUUCAUGUUCAUAAUUUAAACAAUUACUUUGUUUAAAAGAAAAUUAUUUAACGAGCAAAUCUGUUAUUAGUGUUUCAAACAAAAUAUAAAUUAACCAAAGAGUUAAAAAACAAAAAACUGAAAACAAAAUAUUAUGAUGGAUCUUUCAAUUGUACCCCUUUUGAGUGUGAAAUAUACUAUUUAAUCGGAAUAUGUUAAAUGUAUGUAAUUUCAACGCAUGACUAUAAUUGCUAUUUGUUUUAUACAUGUGUUGGUUAAUACCUGUAUGUAACCGCUGUUAUGUGAUAUUUGUUUAUUUCAAGCUUUUUAGUUUAACUGAUGUUGAUUUUUACGUCUAAGAAUGAGCAUUUUCUACAUAUGUUUCUAAGAGAUAUAUAAAAUUGAUCAAAACCAACCAAUAACGCCGUGCUACUUUUGUAAAGGUAUGUUUGUUUGAACAAUUUACGUGUUAUGUCUGCAAACGUCUGAUUUCAUUUAUGAUUUACUCAUAAAUCAUGAAUGCAUAAAUCAUGAAUGUAUUGUUUAUGGUGUAUAUGUGUACAGCUUUACAUGUAAUAUUUGAUACAUUCUUAUAGCUAGCUCUUUAAAUAUUGAUCCCACAAUGAUUUGAAAUAAGAUUGCGGGCAUACGCGGAAGACAAUCGAAAUAUGAAACAAUCGCGGUGAUCAAAUCAAAAACCAUGUUGAUGCCAAUUACAUAGACCUACAUUUGUAUAUACUUUCUGUGUAAAUAUUUCUUUUUUGUAUAAUAUACUUACAUUUGUCUUAAAGGCCUAGUUUAAGCCUGCUAUAAUUGACCUCUCACCAAACUGUGACACCAGUGCAAUUAGCAGGAAAUGCACAGCAGGGAAUUAUUAUGCCAAUCAUUCCUUAAACUAGGCCUUUAAACAUCUUAGUCAAAUGGUUUGUUUAAUAUUCUGUGUGAAAUCCUACAUAUUAUAUAUGCAACAACAUCUAACACAAGAUAGUUAUUGAAGGAAAAUAUAAAAACAAUUGACGAGCCGUGAAUAAUUGAAAGCCAAUACGAGUUUGAUCAAAUUAUGUCUGCAAAAUUAAAAAUUA